CGAAGAAGAACUUUUUCAAACCAAAAUCCCUCCAUCUCUCUCCAUCGUUGAAAUAAGGAAGAAGAGGAGGAUGUUGUUUACGGAGAAGAUGAACAACAAUGAUGCUGGUGGAAUGGCCAGGAUGCCGAUGGCAAUGGCAAGCCUCCACUCUUGCCCAAAGAAGAAGAUGAAGAAUUGGCGUAGAUCGACGGAGGGGAGGUGUGUAAAGGACCAACGGGGAGAAGGUCGGCGAAAAGCUUUUAAGUUCGUUUCUGGGCCAGGGGAACAGCAGAAGGUCCUUUCUGACUUACCUGAUGGGGGAAGAAAGGCUGCGAAUGGAAUAGCGGGAAGAGAUGUGAGUUUCAGGGUUUGUAUGAUCAGGAACAAAUCAAUCUGGGUGAAGUAAGUCUGAAUUCCAUCCGACUCCCGCCCAUCCUGCCCCUCUCUGUGCAUG